CGUCCAAGCUUGUUCGUCAAAUUAUCACUGGUAUUUGCAUUCAUCUCCAUCAAAGCAAAAAAUGCGGCUUCAAUUGAACAAAGAAAUCCCUUUAAUUCUUCACCCAAUUCAAAAUUCCCUCCAUUUUUUCAAACCCAUUUCUCCAAAUCUCAUUUCCUUUCAAGAAAAACAGAUCAAACGCGCCCAAUUCGAUAGGUUUAGAGUUCAAUUCCACCAAACCCAAUCUUCAAACCCUAAAAAACGAACCCAAGAUGACGGAAUUCCAUCAGACGACGUCAAAAUCCUCGCCAAAUUCAAAUCCCGCCACAAUUUCAUCAGAGUUCUCGAAGUUUCCCGAAGAGCAGAGCACCGAUUUGCAGGUUCCAGAUUGCUUCUUCUUGAUGCCCCUGGCAACAUUCACAGCAUCUCAUUCCUUUUCAAAUCACUCACAAACACUUACUUCGAUGUCUUCGCCACAUUGCCGCCGAUUCUACCGCCAGGACCCAUCGGAAUCCUCGGAUUCGGCGCCGGCUCCGCCGCUCGAUCGAUCCUAAAGCUAUAUCCCGAGGUAGUGGUUCAUGGGUGGGAGCUCGAUCCGUCUGUAAUCGCUGUUGGAAGGGAAUUUUUUGGCGUGUCGAAGCUGGAAAAAGAAUACCCAGAUAGGCUUUUUAUCUAUAUUGGGAAUGCUCUGAAAGCCAAUGUGAAAGGCGGAUUUGCAGGGAUUUUGGUGGAUCUGUUUAGUGAAGGGAGUUUGAUUCCUGAACUUGAGGAUCCAAAUACAUGGAGAAUGCUCGAAAGGUGUUUGAUGAAAGGCGGGAGAGUGAUGGUGAACGUUGGGGGCAGUUGUGUGGAGGCUGAGGAUAUUAGGAGAGAUGGGAAAGUCGUAAUGGAACAAACUUUGAAGGCAAUGCAUCAAAUUUAUGGAAAGAAAUUGUGGGUUUUGAGACUUGGAAAUGGUGAAGAUGACAGUUCCUUAGCUCUCACUGGUGAUUUGCCUGACAUUGCUGCUUGGAAGAAGUCGCUUCCAAGGUCUUUGGGAUUCUAUGCUGAUAUGUGGACUCUGUACAAUGAGAAAAUACCACAUCAACAACUAAGGAGGAGUCAAGAAGACACAUCAGUUGAAGGUUGCCAUGUCACUGUGGAGAGUCAUGAAGAAUUAUUCCUUUUAGUGCUCCAAAUUUAUGUUAGGAUUGGUGAUAACAAACAAAUAUUCGUUCUUCAUGUAUUGGACCAUGUGUCCUCAUUUUAUUAGUUGUGUAGCAUAUAAUUUUUUAAUUCUUUGAAUCUCUAAAAUAGGAAGUAAUGUAUAAAUCGGGUAUGCUGCCACUUUUCAAUGAAUAUGAAGAAUACAAA